CUGGUUGCACUUGAGAGAGGGCGCCCACUUUUUGGGCCAGCACUUUUUUUGAAUUUCCAAUCCCCUUUUCUCUCUCCGGUAGGGUUUCAAAUCAAACACCUAAAUUAGAAGAUACUCAAUUACACCCACUUCACUCCUCUCUCUUUCCCAAUUUCCCAUCUUCUGAAAGGAAUUCAAAUCUGUCAUUCUCAUAAAAAUUGUACAUUUCACCAUUCAGAUGAAUUCUACAGAUUCGAUAAAGACCAUUUUGGCUGCUACUGGCGGUGACACUGUUAAGCUUUUUGACCUCUCUUUGGAGCCCCGUGAUCCCUGCAUUCUUAGCUAUACUCCUUCCCCUGGAUUCCAAGUCAAUUCCGUCAAGUGGAACCACACUAAUUUGGUGGUUGCAAGCGCCGGAGAUGACAAGAAGAUAUCUUUGUGGAGGAAAAAUGGACAGUGUUUGGGGACUGUACCACUGACCGGCACUGAUGGUGCUGACAAUAUCGAGGAGUCUAUUUCAACUAUUAACUUUAGCAGCAAAGCAUCCAGAUACAUUUGUUCUGGAGGCAGUGGCCAAGUUGUACGAAUAUGGGAUUUGCAGCGGAAGCGUUGCAUCAAAUGGUUGAAAGGUCAUACUGAUACCAUUAGCGGUGUAAUGUACAAUUGCAAAGAUGAGCACUUAGCUUCUAUCAGUCUUAAUGGGAAUCUUAUACUUCACAACCUGGCUUCUGGUGCAAAGGCUGCUGAACUCAAGGAUCCAAAUGGGCAGGUUUUGAGAGUGCUUGAUUAUUCUAAGAUUAGCAGGCACUUAUUGGUGAUAGCUGGUGAUGAUGGAUCUAUCCACCUGUGGGAUACAACUGGUCGCAGCCCCAAGGUUUCUUGGCUAAAGCAGCAUUCUGCACCAACUUCUGGCAUUAGUUUCUCACCAUCAAAUGACAAGAUUGUUGCUAGUGUUGGUAUGGAUAAGAAGUUGUACACUUUUGACUCAGGGUCAAGAAGGCCAUCAUUUUGCAUUCCUUACGAGGCACCUUUUUCUUCACUGGCAUUUACUGAUGAUGGCUUCACUCUGGCAGCUGGAACAAGUAGUGGCCGGGUGGUAUUCUACGACGUUCGUGGAAAACCACAACCUUUGACUGUUUUACGUGCUUAUGGAAAUUCUGAGGCUGUGACAAGUCUAUGCUGGCAAAGAGCAAAACCUGUAAUAGUCAAUGAAAACAAUUGCACAACAGAAAUGGCUCUCCUGGGAAGUGCUGUGGAGGAUUCAAUUUUAAUGCCUGACCCACUUCCUGCUAUGAUAUCAUCAAGCCUAGCAACUUCUCUGACAACAUCAGGUUCCAGAACCGCUGUUCGUUCAGGUUCUAUGGACUCGUUUUCUUUUCCAGCAGGCAUUACAGGAUCUACAUCUGGGACACUAGGUUUAUCUCCAUCCGAGGAAACACCCAUACGAAGUAGUUUGUGGAAAGGUGGAUCUUUGGCAAGAUUACAUGCUCCUCGUAACUUCAAGGAUGAUAUGGAAGUUUUUUCUCCUCUCGUUGAAGUUCAGCCAAUUACACCUUCACUUGAUAAGUUGUGGGAUGAUCAGGAAGGUUUUAAAAAGGAUUUUGAUAAGAAAUCUUCUUUGCUAUUUCCUUCUUCUCUAAGGUUUCCCCUUCCAGUUGAGGGUGGCAAUGAGAACCGCCCCAUAUUUGAUUGGAAAUCAAGUUCCUUGCCCAAACAGGAGGAUGCUUCUUUUGCACAGUUUUCUUCUACUCCUAUAUCUUCUCGUGGUGAUGACUCUUCCUCCAUUACUCCUCCUGAAGCUUGGGGUGGUGAGAAAUUAUCUGAUAGAUUAUCUCACCUUCGGCAGUCAGGAAACAUGCCUUCUCGUUUUGCAAUCUCGACAUCUGGUCCUCUUGCACCAGGAACUAUGUUAUCUGGAUUACAGGAUAAUUUUCCAGCAACUCAGAGUAUAAGCUCUUUGACUAGUUCUAGUCUAAGUUUGGGUAAUUUGCGCAUAAAAGAAAAUCUAAAUGAAGAAACUAUUCUAGGAUCUUCAGAACAUGUGAGUUCCACAUCCUUUUCAGUUGGAACAAAAGGCAUCAUGGGGCAGGGAACUCUUGAUUCUCUUGGUUCAACUAUGUCCCUCCCACGAAGAUUUUCCAGUUAUGCUGAGAGAAUAAGCACCACACCAUCCUUUAGUGAUGGAACCCUUUCUGUUGGUUCUCCAAAAACUAAGAAAACUGGAGCUGAAACAAGGGAGGAGCUUCUGAAUAGCUUGUUAUCUAGGUCGGACACGUCAUCUGCUACAGCAGCUGGUGCUUUCCAAGCAAUGAAUGGUCAAAUUAAGCAGUCACAAAAGUCCACACUGCCUGAAUUGCAGCAGGGAAGUUCCUUCACACUCCAGCUGUUUCAACGUACACAAGAAGAAACUCUUUCUUCCCUUCAAAAAUCCAUUCAUGAGGAUAUGAGGAAUCUUCACUUAGAUAUUUUAAGACAAUUUCAUAUGCAGGAGAUGGAAACUUCUAGUGCUAUGAAAUUGAUAUUGGAAAAUCAAGCAGAGCUGAUGAAAGAGGUUCAAUUACUUCGAAGGGAAACACAGCAGCUUCGGCAGUUAUUAUGACCAGAGUAGCUAGAGGUCUUGUCACUACGUAUUCCUUUAGUUUUAGCCAUGUACCCAAUGUUAUUUUAGGAGAUUUGUACUGACAGUUGUGUAGUGACUAGCAAGUGCGGAAGUGUUAUUGUGUGUUUAUCUAAAUGUGGGAAAAUUUGGGGAUUUAUUUUACCCUAAUAUAGUAAAUGAGUGUGUGAAGGCUGAUCAAUACUUGACAGUUAAGAGUGCUGUUAUGGUUGUGUACAGAAAGUUGGCUAGGCCAAUUUUAGAAAUUUAAUGUACAGAACUACAGAUCAUCUGAUUCACUUUGAUUAAAAUACAUCCUUCCAAGUCA